AUGUGUGUGAUAGAGAGGGAGGGAGGGAGGGAAAGGGAGACGGCUCAAUCGGGGCACAGAGUAGGUGAAAGUGUGUGUGCAUGUGUGAAUGAAAGAGAAAAAGAGAGGCUGCACAAUAGAGGGGCUCAGGCUACCUCACAGCGGUUAGAAGGCAUGAAAAUGUGAUUUUUAAAAAGAAAAAAGAAAAUCACUUUUUCUUAUUUUUCCUUAUCUAUAUUUCAUGACUUGGAUCUUUCCUCACGUUUUCUAAUCCGGGUUCCUUUUUUUUUUUUUUUUACUCUUUUUGUGGCUUAUAAAGGAGGUCACUGCGGAUAAAACGAGGAGCAACACAGCCUGAACUGCAGAUUAAAAGGUAUUUACUUUUUAUGCACAUUAAUACUGUGAUGUUAAGUAUAAGGAUUGAUAUGAAUGAGAUCAAUUGCAUUGUUUAUCUCACAUUUAUAGCAAUGGAAAGUGUUGAUAACUGAAAAAAAGAUGCAGAGGAUAUGGACUAUUUAAACAAGUGAUGUUAAACUUAAUACAAAAGACAUGGCAUAAGAAAAAAACUGUGCAAACCAAAGAGAAAGAAAUAACAUUGAGCAUCAAGGUGCGAAAAGGAUGAAAGUUACUGUUUUUUUAAAAAGAAUAGAAAUGGGUGCUGCUUUAGUGGUGACAGAGCGAGAGAGAGGGGAGGGGGGCUUGUCCUCUUGGGUCCAGUGUUUUCUGUGGGAGGGGAGAGAGAGCAAAGUGGGACAGAGAAAGAAUUAAAAAGACUACAGAGCCUUCAAAGACAAGUCAAGAAUAAUUGCGCGUAUCACUCAAGAACAGCUUUGUGUCUGAACGGCACAGAGCUGCAUGCUCCAUUUUAGUGCAUGCAUGCUUUAUUAGCCACGGUUUGCAACAUGAGGCGUCUGCUUAAAGAGGGUUUGCAGAUUUAUUUGCUUUUAGUUCCGAAAUUAAGAUUACAAAAAGACACAUUAAAGGGGACAUCCUCUACUAAAAGACUGCAUCCAGACUUUUCCUAUCAGACACAGUAGUCAGCGAUGGUGGAAGAGUUCAUUUCUCUGCUACAUCCAACUUUAUGGCCAUAAUUAAAUCCUUUGGGACUAGUUAAGACUCUGUUCCAUGUAGAUAACCUCAUGUUCAUUAUGAUCUGUACAUCGCAGCAUAUCAAAAUUGCUCCCCCAACAUUACAAAUAGGUUAUGACCUGUUGUAAUUUAGUUAUACAUGCACAGAAGAAAAAUGGGGAAUCACUGAUGGAGAUAAAAUAAGCUAGGAAUCAUUCUGGGAGUCAGGAUGAAAAAGUAUGCUUAUGUAAAACCUUUCUUUUAUGUAAUACCGAUUUAAAUACUUUCCAGACACUCCCGGUGUUGUUUAAAAUUCCCACAGAGAGAAACGAGAGCUCAUCAACACCCACAUUUCACACACUUCUUCAGCUACAACCUGUCAAAAUCGUUACCUGUUUGCAGUAUUUAUGGUGUCAGCCGGUGGAAAGGUUCGAAACUCUCGAAGGACCCAAGAGAACUGACUCACACAUACCUGAAGACACACAUCCACACACCACAUACACACACAUACAGUGCAGUGUGUUCCAGCCUUGUGCGCUCUCAUCCUAUAGAUACAACAUAAUUGACUUUGCACAGCCUCCAAAGACCAGCCUCUCACAGACACAGUGUAAUGCACAAUAAGCACACCGGCUUUUAAAGUGUAUUUUGCUCUAGAAGUGCACCAGGGGGAUUCAUUUGGAGAAGGAAGAGGGAAAAAAAAACAGGCAAUUUAGAGUAGAGGGGGAACACUAAGAUUAAUGGCUUCCCAAACAACAGAGAACAAUUAGUCAUAAUGGGACAAAGACCUGUGACGUUAUCAGCAGAGAGGGGACUGGGUGAUUAUACCAAAUCUGUUACUAAUGCCAGAAGAGAAUGUGAUUAUGAAACAAUUGAGGGAAUGAUGAAAGACUAUAGGGGAAUACACUGGAUUGGAUGUGUCCGUUAGAUUGAGGAAAUCUCCAACAGCACUGCCUACUUAUUUCCGCUCCAUCCCGUCUUGUCUACUGCUGUUCUUGCCUGCCUGGUCCUGUUCUAUCUUCUCCUGGCUCAGUAGAAAGAGCAGCAGUCAAUAUAAAGAGGCUGGCCAUGUGUAAAGCAGAUGUGACAAUGCUAUAUGGUCCAGUUAUUCCCCAGGGGUUGGUAUGGAGAGAGUGUAGAACAAAGGACAAGUAUCCUGUGUGAAUAUUUCCAGCCUGCUGCUGUGGAGCAAACCAGCCAGGCUCUAUUAGUUACAAGCCACUGCUGUAUUCAUAAGGCAAAAAUGCAAAAUCCAUAGCAAAAUGCUCCUUUAAUAAGUCCUUGGGGAGUAUUAAAGUAGGCUAAAGCUGUAAGAGGCAGAAAAACACAAUAUAUAUAUACGCACAAAAACUCAUAUUUAUGCCACAACAUGGAAAGACACAAUCAUUUAUCUUUUAACUUAAUGUUGCACAAUCUGGGUAAAUGCUGUAAAUGCCACAGACAUGACAUUUAAAGUGACAUUAAUAAAUAAACUUGAUAUAUAAUUCCAUGUUUAAAUGAAGGUUAUAAUCUUAUAUGGUUUUUAAUGAACGGUUAUUUGUGGAACUGAGAGAGCCUCCUUGUUGUGCUCAUUAAGAUGGAACACCAGAGAAGAGCAGUUUCCCCUGACUCUGCAGGCUUUUCAUUAUUACAUAGAGGGAGAUUUCCCCCUGGGGAAAGAUCUGGAGGAUUGCCGUAAGCCAAGAAAAACAGAAGCCAGCAAACUGUAACGCAUCCACCGUGCUGAGGAAUCCAAAGUUUAGCUCCAGCUCCACAAUUUAUGAACACCACUUGGAGUCAAUGGCUGAAAAAUGAAGUCAUACUUUUUGCACAGAUGACUCAAAGCAACAACUGGGAUGCACUGAUUACAGAGACUUCAAGACACAAAUGGGUGUCUGGCAGCUUUAAAUCAGCCACCAGUUGGAGUAUGUAAGACUACUUCAUGAUGUGAAAAAAAGUGUAAUAUCUCACAGUGCUAUCAGGUAAAUUGGAAAUUAUGCACCUUCAGGUGUAUAUUAAUGUUCCCACCUCAUCAUCUUCACUGUUUGCAGUGGUGGCACUAACUGAAUCACUAUCUAACAAAAGCAACAGCUUCUUGGCUUCCUUUUAAAGCCCGCAGAGUCAGAAGGCUCCUCAGUUGGUGAUUUACACUCAGUUUAAAACAUAGAUUGUAUAUAAGAAGUGGACAUAGCAGAGGGCAAUGCCAUUGGCUAUAACAGUGACUAAAAGGCUUUAUUUUCUAACCAAUAUUAAAAUCCUAAUCAAUAUCAUGGCUUACAUGAAUUUACAGAUCCACACUAUCAACAAUCAUCAGCUUCAGUUGGCUACCGUGUGGUUCAAAUAUGAGCCGAUAGUAUGUAUAGUAUAGUAUAGUAUGUGUUUUCUUGAUGGUCCUAUUUGACCCUUAAUCCAAUGACGUCUCAGUAACUGUGUCCACUUUAAUAUACAGUCUGUGAUUUACAGUUGUAUUGAUAUAAUGGAGGUAGUGGACAGAAUAUAGCAGUAUACCAUAUUGAUAGAAAGUGAACAUUUAACACUCUCAUUGCUUUUCCCAUCCACAACUAACCUUGGUCGAGUUGCUCCCCAAACCUAGAUGGUGGUCCAGUUUGGUAUCCACUGUGACUUACUUUCAGUGUUGUUGCUUGUUAAUUUAGUCCUAAGUUUUGUAUUGAAUCCUGUGUUUGAAGUGAAAAGCUGUUAAGGCCCUGUAUGUAGUGUAAAGUUAUAAUAAAAGUCAAUUAUAAGUUUUAAGGAUAUAGCUAGGGAUAAAGGCUGUAACUUAUUACACCCUGUUACAUGGUAGGUGGGCGAACUGUAAUGGGGUCUGACAGGCAUCGACAUGGUCCUCACUUUGUCAGCCAUGCCUAACAGCAUUUAUUAGUGUCUUGUUGACUUUUGUCUCUUAGUGUUACCUUUGUGUUGAUGGACGUGCAAGGUAAGUGAAGCUGUCAUGAGUGCAUAGUCUAUUUGUGGCUCUUUAUCUGCCAUAAAAUCCACCUUGAAGCCUUAAACCUGCGCUCAUAUCCGUGUGUCUGAUUACUUUGUCUGUGGCCUGCUUUCAUUGUAUUUGAGGCCUGUGGUUUUUGGUCGAGAGCUCUAGGAAAAGUAUUAAAAGAGAAGUGUGUGUGGAAAAAAGUUUUGAUACCAGGAGCUCAGAAAAUGUUGUUUCAUUAGAAGUGUUUUGAAACUGCAUCUGUGUUUCUUCACGUCCUCUGUUGUUGUGCAACAGAAGGUAACCUGCUGUGCAGUUGCUUUUGAAGUCUCUGUUUUCAUGACAUUUUUAAUGCACUCUCCGUCAUAUCAUCUGUACAGAGUGAGAAGGAAGUUUGUGUUACAUGAAACUGACUAAGAAUCCCAGAUAUUACUUUUAAACCCACAGGAUUGCGACAACAGCACCCACACAAUGUAACACACUGGAGUGAGGUUUCAGUGCUGCUACAGACAUGACCAUGGGCUGGGGAUUUAGUUUUAUUUAAUUCAUUACUAAAAGGAUGAGCUAAUAAUUAAACGGGCAAUAAGAACAUUAUGUCUGAUAUAUUGGCUCACAUGGGUGGUCUCAUUAUUCUACCAUAAUAACCCCUCAUAGUUUAGGUGAAAUAUUAAGUUGUAAGGAAUAAAGUGCAUUUCAUUAACAUUGUACCAGGGCUAAAAGUGCAGGCAAUUUAUGUGAGUGUAGUUUGAAAUCUUACAUCCUAGAGGUAUUGGCUAUCAUAGGUUAUGUAUUCCAUAUAAGGUCAUGAUUGCAUGACAUUAAUAUGUGCGUUUUUUUGUGUUUUUUUUUGCUUUGGUUUGGGCCGUAGUUAGUUUUCAACAAGUGCAUCUAAAAAAACAAUAUCAGGGAGUUCAGUAUUUUCCAUCUGUCUUUUAAAAAAGUAAAAUUUUAAUAUAUUCUCGCCUCCUGUAAACAGAAAACUUUCAAGUGUUUUCUGUUUUGAUUUAAACAAUUAGAGCCUGCAAAUCAAAAAACGUAAAAAAACAUAUCUUAAAGUAUUGGAAAAUCAAGUCUGAGUGAAGUACCAUUCACAAAGUAUAAAAAACUCAUGGUCAAGGUCAGUACACUUAACAUCAGUCAUAGGGAAAACUGCUGACUCAACAGUUUGUCUAAAAGGCGAGCAUCGACGCCCUGCACGAGGAGGGUAAACCACAGAAGGUCAUUGCUGAAAAGGCUGGCUGUCCACAGAGGCUCUACUAGAGCAUAUUGAUUGAGAGUGGACUGGAAGGAAAAAAGUGUGGCGGGAAAAGGGAUAACCGCAGCCUUGAAAGGACUGUUAAAAAAUGCUGGUUUAGGGGACACCUUAAGAGAAGGGGCUAAAACAGUGACAUUCGUAGUGUCAAGCCAUCCCUGAACCAGAGACAACGUCAGAAGCAAGGAAAACAAAAACUAGGUUUUUGCGCAGUGGUCCAAAGUCCUCUUUUCACACAAAAGGAUAUUUUUCAUUUUAUCUGGAUAUUAAGGUUCUUGGGUGUGUAGGAAGGUGGAAAGGCAAAGAGGUGUUUGAAGUCAGGGAUGAUGUUUGUGAGUCUGUAAGGAUUGGAGAGCCAUGUCAUCUGCUGAUGCUGGUUUACUGUGUUUUACUGGGUUUAAAGUUAACACAAUGGUCUACAAAGAAAUUUUAGAGCACUUCAUCUGUCCAUCUGCUGACAAGCUUUAUGAUGAUGUCAUUUCUGACAGACCUGUUCCAGCUGUACCCAGCACCUGUCCACAGUGCCAAAACUACAACUAAAUGGUUUGCUGACCUUGACUUUGCUUGAUCAGCCAGCAAUCUGGCCUGAUCGGAACCCCAGAGAGAGUCUGUGGGGUAUUUGUCAAAAAGGAAGAUAAGAAACACCCAACCCAAAAACACAGAUGAGAUGAAGGCUGCUAUCAAAUGCUUCAAUAACACCUCAGCAUUCAUGGAGCCCCAACUAAUUACUGAAAGUACAAACAAGCAUACUUUUUUUUCUCGACUUUUUGAUCACAUUUUUGAUUGAUCUCAAGAAAUAGUCUAAUAAUUUGAGAUGCUGAAUUUCUGGUUUUUAUGAGCUAUAAGCCUUAAUUAAUCAAAAUCAAAACAGAUGUAAAUAUUUAGCAGUACAGAAGAUGAAUAGAGAAUAUAUGAAACAUUUACAUUUUGAAUAAAAUUAAGGACAAAAAAUUCAUUUUUGACAGUAUUCUUAUAAUUUAGAUGCACUUGUGAAUCACUUAUUGAGAGAUUGGAAAUAUAACACUGUAAUUAUGUAGUAUUUAAUUUUGUUUACUCAUAAAAAAUCGGAUAAACUGGUAACCGCUAUGCCUCCUCCUCUCGUCCAUGACACAUUUGUUUGCUCCCAAGGUGUCAUUAUCAUUUUAUAUGAAGAAUUGUUAACAGGUCUUAUCUCUACAUCACUAUUUCCCUGUGUGUAUUGUCUGUGUGGGAUCUUCCCAUAUUGAAAAUUAAAAAAUAAUGUCCCUUAUUGAAGCAGGGCAGAUUUCAUGCAAAUCCAUUUCUUAUGCAUUCAGUGUGCUUGCAUAUGUUAGUAAUGACAUGAAAAAUUAUAAAGCUGGAAGAUUUUUAAAAGACACAGUAGAGACGUAUUAAAUCAGAUAACAGUGAAUAUUAAAUCAUGGCUAACUGUUGCUCUUGAUACAUAGAGCAGGUGGUCCAUUAAUGUGGUCAGAUCCAUUUGCAUGCAGAUGAAUUGGGACUUGCGGUCCCAGAACAGCUCAACAUAUGGCCUGACUUACCACAUCUCAACACAACCUCAAUGCAUCUUGGUGCACUUCCCCCUGAAUAUAACCAUAUACUUGUGAUCACAACUCAGGAUGCAUAUCAAAACCAGUUGAAAACAAAGUUUGAGUAAACGUGCCAAAGAAUGUUUACUGCGAAAAGAAGGUCUUAAAAAUAGCACAAAGGCUCUUCACUCCUAUAUCUGUGCUGCAUUGAGGUCUCCCAGCCCAUCCGGCCAAGUUUAGCCCAAGCGAAGCUCACAGCGCAUGCUCCACCUGACCCAAUUAUAUCCAGUCUGAGGGGAAAGAUAGCCCACUUUGAUUUACAGGAGACCAGCAGCCAAGCUCGCGCUGAGUGGUCUGCCACUCAGUGCUAUUUUUUUCUAGACCUUUUCCAGGACAGAUGUGUUUCAGAGCUGUCUGCAGUCAAACAUCUGUGAAACAUCAGACGAGCAGUGUGUAACCUGUUAAAAUAAAGUUAAAUAAAUUACGUUUUGGCCCUUUUAUCCUUUCAAAGUUUGCUGCUGGAAAGAUGGAGCACGAAGCUGGAAAAUAAAUCAAAAGAGGAGGCUGUUUAUUGUUUAACUGAGAGCUGACAGUAAUUAUUUUAAUCAUCUGCUUUAUCACUGAUUUGCACGGUUGUGAUUGUUUGUUUGAUUAGCACGAGAUACGCAGUUGAGUGAGAGGCGUCUGUUCAUGAUGGAUGGAAGAUUCUCCUCCCACUGUAGAUGAAAAGCCAGAAUCUUCACAUACAUUGGUGGAAGAUUGAAGGUCCCAUGAUUUUUAAUUAAGCUCUUGAAUCGAACGAUUCUCCAUGCUGAGAUUUAAUAGCUGCUUGAAAAUGCCAAGCCUUGUCAUUGCAACAGAAAGGACACAGAUUAAUUAAAUUAAACAUCCUUGAUCCUUAUUUCAGUGGUUUUUAAGGGAACAGAGACAAUGAAACUUGACGGAUUUGUCCUUUAAAGCUAACUUUAUUGAUUGCUGAUGACAUAGGGUACACACUUAUCAAAGCACUUCCCCCCGAAACCCUACGUCAGAGCACCACCCCCAGACUAAGCUAGAGAUGCACCAUUCAUAUAAAAACCAAGUUCUUCUUUUCUCCCUGAUGCAGUGACUCAUCCCAUCCAUGCUGCGUUGGAGCAGGUUUAGAGUGCUCUCAAAUGUUCCCUGUCACUGGCCUGUGUGAAGGAGGCUGAAGGGUGGAGACCCAGUGAAAAGAGAGGGAUGUAGAGGACAGAACUUGGCCGCUCCACUUUUUCAGGACGUAAAAGUGGGACAAUCUGUUCCUUGGAUGAUCUCCAAUUCUACUUUCUGGGGACCAAUACACUGAAAAUAUAUCUAUACACAUGCUCUGUCCUACAUAGAGGGAGUGUGAGUGACAGAGAGAAGGAGGUGAAGAGAGAAAAAGAGAAAAUAUAUGUAUCUGUUGAACCAUGGGGUCUUCUCUACACAUUUUCUGUGACCGUUACGAUUCAUUUGGGACCGGCCAAGAGAGAAAAUACCCCUGACGAGAACACAGAUGCUCUGUCGCAGGGAAUCCUAUUCUUAGAUGAAAUGUAGAGUUGGUAAGAUGUUUAGAAAAAAUAAUCCUUUUGAGUUGUUGAAAUAUUAUAACACAGGACAGAAACACUUAAAUAAUCUCACAGAUCUAAAUUGCAUAUUUGCAUUUUAGAAAUGUUGAGCUUGAUUUAGUAUUAACCCAAUGCAUAAUGUUUGUUUACAAGUGCCCAAAGGACUAAAGCAAUCUAAUUCAUUAUUGCAGGUCUGCUUUGCAAAAACCAAGAUCCCUGUAUAAUCUCAGAAAAAGAAGAAGAAACCAUGAUGAUGCUUUUCCAUCCAUCAUUUUGCUCCCCAGGUGCCCAAGGACGGGAUCUAUCUCUGUCCUCGUUAUCAUGAAUAAUCUGUUGCUGAUUCUUCAUCUUACUUUUACUCCAUUUUCUUACCGGUCGUGGAUGUAGAUCUAUAAAAAUCUUCUCUUUGAGACUUAACAGGGCCUCUAAUCAUGAGCGUUAAAGCUGCUGUACUGGCUUCCCAUGGGCGGAUCGGCACGUAUACUUCUGAACUCAACAGAUGUCCUUCUUUCUGCCCUUGUGUUGCAUGAAUUCUGAAUUUUUUAAUCCAAGUUCUGAGUUAGAGGCAGAUGGAAACUGAAAGACAUUUUUCUUGUGUAAUUUUUCUUGUUGGACAUAGAUGAAUGUUUUCAGGACACAUCCAGUUUUUACACAAAAAAAAAGUGAAAUUGCAUGAGAUGAGUUGUGUUAAGAUCUCUAGAUGCAUCAUUUUGUAAGGACAGAGUAAAAUAACACAAGAUAGGGUUAAAUAUACCUUAUUUGACCUUAUCAUUGGGGGAGUUAAUUCAUUACAACGGCUUCCAGCUAAAGACAAAGGUAAAGCCAGUAAUGGAGGGAGACGAGUAGUUAAUGACAACGAUUAAUUAGAGUGAUAAUAUUGUAAAAAUAAGUGUAUAUACCAUGUACACAUCUCACUGAUGGAUGAUGGGUUAUUGACCAGUGGAAGUGAAGGCCCCUAUACCCCAUUUCUUACCGAAUUUUUCUGAUGUGAAAAUAUAACCCUGGACAACAAUAAAAUAAGCUUGUGAGUCAUGUUGAAAUAGAGAGAUUGUGUGAAAAAUUAGUUUUCUUCCCUGACAGAAAUUGCAGACAGUCUGUUUUGCCAAGACACUGAAAGGUGUUCCCUCCUUCCUCCCUUUUCUAUCUGCAGACAGAGUAAGACCCAGGCGAGUUGAAUGGCUAGUACAUGCACAGUAAGGCCAAACAGCUAGGAAAGGGACGCUGACAGUGUCUGAGUUAUUGUUAUGGCAGAGCGUAGGAGAUGAGUGACAUGACGGGGAAGGCUGGGAUGAAAUAAGUUGAGACAUCCAUCAUGCUAGAGGAGAAAGAUUGAAGAGCUUUGAUUGGAUGUGCCAUAGUUAGAACAUGAAGCAUUAUUUACCACACAAAAACUCUGGACCUCCUUUCAACUUGUCUUCAUCUCAACUUUCCGGUUGAUUUUGGCUCAGUUUUCCACUCGCUCUUAUCCCUGCUUUCCUCUCACCGCCCCACGCCUUUUCUCAUUCUGAUUACUCUGCUUUAUGCAAACUAUGACUCUCUCCAUCUUCUCUCUCCCGUGUAUUUCCCUUUCGCUUUUACAUCCCAAUUAUAAGACUCCUGUCUUCUCUCAGCCUGCCCUUUGAGUUUCUUAUCUUGCCUUGUGCAGACUCAAUGUUGUUCAAUAUUUGAUGAGACUUUGUUCAUAAAUCAGCCUCCUCUGUUGUCUCCUGGUGUACUUGAAUGAUAGUGUUAAUCUCCAAAACACACUGUUAACACACUUGUCUUUGUCAGCAUGUGAUAAGAAAGGCAUUUGGCCUAAAUAAGACAGAUACGUUUUGAAUAUAAAGAUCAAACUAACAGCUCUGGACGUUAGUAGGUCAAGUGGUGGGAUGAUCCAUAGAAGCACUGGUUGGAAACCUGCAUGUAGGUUUCUCUCUGUUACGGCUAUUUAGAGGCAUUAAGGGGUUCAUAUUUACUGCCAGUGGUAGAGAACCUUAAUGAAAAAGAGUUUUAUCUAUGCAGUAAAGCAGCUGUGUUGAGCCAACCUCAUAUUGUCUCUGCAUACUUUUCCCAAACGCGUCCACGGUGGUUUGAUCCCACUGCAACCCUGGCCUAGAUAAGCAUUAGAAAAUGCACGGAUCAAUGCUUGUUCUCAUUUCUUUUUAGGUUAUUUCUUUUCCAUUUGCAUUUAUUGACAGGGUAGUAGAAGACAGACGAGAAUUGCGGGGAGUAGAGAAAGGAAGAAGACAGGCAGUGAAGGGUUGCUGUAGCCUCUGGAUAUGAGGCAUGGGCUCCAAAUGCCAGGCCAAUCAGUGCUCUUCCUGUCUCAUGUUUUUUCGAAUCCCAGUUUUUAUGGCUUUUAUGGUUUUCUUGCUUUAAAGUGUUUGUGUUGAAGUAGCCUUUUCUUGACUGUGGUUCAAGACUGACACUGACCACUGUUUGGGUCACCAGAUGUGGUAAACAUUAAUCCAGAGCUAGGUUGAUUUUUGAUUAUUUGUUUGACGGGAUUAUUAGCUUAGAAGGGGAAGUCAACAGCAGAUAUAAUAUCACGAUAUACUGAGCAGUUCACCUCGAUAACAAUAAUGGAUGAUAACUACUCCACAAGCUGCUCACCCUAUCCCACAUUUACUUUGUCUGCUUCAGCCGCCGCUCCAGCCGCUCCAACUUUUGAUCCGUCCUCCAUCUCCUCACCUGUCUUUCCCUCUUUGUUACGGACUGGAUGGGGUGGAGUCAUGUCUCUGAUUUGGGUCCAAAUUAGAUUUAGUCUUAAAGGUACAUGAGACCAUAGCCUACCUACACACAUCCAAAACCAACUUUUAUUUAUUUAUUUUUUUUACACCAAAUAUAUUGACAUGGGCAAAAUUACCUCAGUUAUUGUUGUAAAUUUCAGUAUCGGUAAAUUUUUUGGUUUAUCGUCCAGCCCUACAUUACAUUUUCAUUCUCACUCUCAUUUUCACUCUUUUUUCCUCUUUUACCCAGAAGUGCCUAAGCAGCAGAUUUUUUUUAUCUAUUUAAUUAUUUAUUUAUUUUUUCCUUGGGGGGGGGGGGGGCAUACAGGCAUAGAGAUGAAAAACACAAACUUCUUUUUAAUAAAAGUAGCUGAGCUUCAUGUUGACCCAAAAGUUGCUGUCUAAUUGUCAUUUCCAGUGUUUGAAUGUAUGAAACUAUAAUGGUGGUUCGAUCCUGUGCUUUACAACCCCUGGAUCAGGACCCUCAUGAUGAGUCAUGCAUUAAAUCAGAGACCUUCUUAGGAAAAUUAAAGUACAGGGAAACUGAAAAAGUGUCUGAUUAUAAUUGAUGAGUCUAACCAAUCAGACACUUUUUAAUCUUUGCAUUUUCCAUCAUUGUAAUCAGUCUUUAUCUCAGACAUAUUUAAAAUUAAGAUGAGGCUUCCAAGACAGUGUUGUUUUAAAUAAGGCAACAAACUUCAAAAACUGCUUUAGGCCAUAAUAAAACAUUUAUGCCAGAUUCUGAUGCCUUUUACUUAUUUGUGAUAAGUCUGAUCUCAACCAAUCAGCCGCCACCCAUGUUUUUUAAGUUACUUUCUUGGCUGUUUUGCCUUUAUUUUAUAAUUCAGCUGAUAAAAGACAGGAAGUGUGAGGAGGAGAAAGCAUUUAUAAGUAAACUCAUAUGACCUUUCUCGCUAAUGUUUCUGUUGGCUGUUAAGCCAUUGGCUAGCUGCAUCAUCUCCAUCUUCGACUAUUUAUAUCAAGUAAGGCCACUGGUCACUGCUCCAGUUCUUCGUUGAUGUCCUAAGCCACCCAUUACUGUCCUGAUUUCAGUUAUGUCCCCAUAGUUUCAUCUAAUAUUUAGCUGACUUUCAUCUGAGUGUUCCCAUCUUUUUUGAAUGACAUUCAGAGCCUCAGUCAGACAGUGGGUGAAUUCCUGGCGCCCUCCACCGCUAUUAAGGUGGCUGCCGGCAAUGGUCCAGAUAUGCAUGAUGGCAAAGCCCCUCUGGCUGCACUUCACCACAGAAUAACCAGGACAGAACAUAUGGAAGCACCACAGUGCCAAAUUUUAAACACAUUAAGCAGUGAAUCAACCCUCAACCCGAGAGUUAACCUCCAAGGAAAGAUGGUUCAAGUAUGGCUGCAGUCAAUGCAAGUUGACUCAUAUUAAUUGAAAUUUGUAGCUGAAAGUAUUUCAGCUUUGGACAACCAUCAAGUUAUUUUCACUUUUUCAUGCCAAGCAUGUAUCAAAGUUCUCCUUCAUGCAAGACAUUAAUUCAGUUUCCAUUGAAAGAGUCAAAACUUAAGCCACUGUACUUCUUGGGUUUAUUUAACAGGACUGAGAAUGACUAUUGCUUUUAUUUAUUGAAAAAACUCUUACAACUUUUCAAGACACAUCAAAUUAAACAGAAUUUGAUUUCUAAACAGGUCAAACAACUUUAGUCCAAGGAAAGGCCAAAUUUGACAGAGGUUACUUGAUUGUAUUUACAAAAAAAUGGUGCCAUAAAAAAAACAUGUUCAUACAGGAGUUAUCUGGGUGAACUGAAAACAUAGUCCAAAGACCAAACAGAUUUCACGUAAUGCAGGUGAGUGGGAGUUGUAAUUUAAUUGAUGUUGCAGCAAAUCACAAGCCCCAUACAGGGGCAUUCCCAUUGGUCCCCUUCCACAAUUGAGAUUAAUUUGGCAUAUUUUAGGGCCCUGGGUACUUUGACACCACCCCACCCCCACCCCCACACCCCAGUCUGACCUCCUUGUUUUGCAGAUCCAAACCUUGAUUGUGCAGUUUUGCUUUAAUUCUCUGUCAGCCAUAUUGUUCCUAUUAAUGGUGUUACAGCUGAACAGAAGUUAUUGUAACAAGGUCAGGUAUACUUCUAAAAGUCAUCACAGUAUCUUGAGGAAAGUAGUAAAACACAACUUAACCAAGCUGUGAUGUCAGGGAUGGUGGAGGGACAGUGAGUCUUCGAAGAGUUCAAAUUCAAUACCGAACUGAUAAAUCCCACAACACAACAAAGGUUUAAAUGAUUGAUGUAUUAAAAUGUGUUUUUAUGAUGCAACUUUUCUUUGAAGAGCUCAUAUUUAGCCGUUAACCCUGAGUGGUGCUUAAGAUAAUCCUAGGUUGCCUCUAUUACCAUAAAGUAGUGAUGAUCUUGACCUCAUGUGAAACUAAACUGCACAUCCAACUCACUCCUCUGCACAAAACGUGUAAUGCAAAUUCACACAGUUUAUAUAUAGCCUGUCUUUCAUCAGUCUGCUAGUCCCUCAUGCAUUCCCAGUGGCUAAAUGGAAAAUGUGGACCAGCUCUGUGCUCAUUCACAUGUGGACUUAUUAGCAUUGCUGUUAGCUGUUUUUUCUGUCACUAUCCAUGUGUUUUUUUACCCAUCUUUAAAUUUUACUGUAAAGUAAGAGUUAAAUGACCAAAGUUUACCCCCCUCUCUGCCUGUUUCCCACAGCAUGUUUCUUAGGGUGAAGCCAGACUCAUGGGAUAGCCAUGUUUUGUCUCCAUGACAGCUAUGUCACUCAGCCCUCUCUGCAGUGACCCCCUGCACAGCAAAGGAUGCUGGGAAAUAAUGAGCACUUUUAUCCCGGUCAGGAUGACAAAGAUGGGGAGGAUGAGGAGGAGGAAGAGGAGCUGGGAGGAGAAAUCAGACAAGAGGAAGGUGGACCCGACACAGAGAAUGGAGGGUUAGAGGGUCUGGAGGAGAAGGAUAUGACGGGAGGACGCCAAUCUUGGGAAGGGAAAGGUGGCGAGGUGAUGAAACCGGCAGCCAUAGUGGUUGGCAGACAGAGAGUAGAACGCCCAAUAAGGCCGGGGAACCUGGGCAACCGGGGUUUCACAUACAUGCCAAAUCAAGUCCUGCUACAUCAUCAACCAGCCAAUAAGCAACAGAAUAAUCUCAUCUUAGCCAAUCAGCAGCCUCACGACCGAGGCUUGAACGCGCUGCAGAAGAGACGAGCACUCAUGGAGCGCAGCAUGACUACUGUGGCCCCGCUGGAGGAGACUUUCCUGACCAUGAUGGUGUUUCGGAUUGGUAUCCCAGACAUCAAACAAACAGUAGGUGCAUGUUCUCAGUAAAAUCACCACAGCUAGACUCAACAUUAAGUACACCAAAAACAGCUCCUCAUGACACUGCACCACUUUCAUGUUGACACCAUGAGCCCAAUUGUUCAAAGUUAAAUCUAUAAGGGAGUUAAUUAUACAAAUUGUGUCAGUUUAAAGGGGAAGCAAUAUUACAAAUUGAGAAAAGAUCAAGUAAAUGUAUCUUGAUCUUAGUUUUUGUUGUUUUGAGUAAGUUCUGGAUAACUUUGAAAUAAACAAACAAACAAAAAAAGUUACCUGAUCCUAAUAGAGGGCUGAAAUUGGUCUUAAUUUUUUGGAAUGAAAUAUCAUAAAAGUUAAAAACUGGCUAAACAAGUAUCUCUUUAAAGCCAGUGAACAUUUCUUUCAUUUCUUAUAGAAUUUACAGUGGAGUUUCUGAUUUACUACAGUGACAUGGUGGGUAAGGUGGACAUUGGAGUUGUCAAAAAAAGACUUUUUUUUAACCUGAAUUGUGCUGAUAUGUUCCCUUUUUAAUUCAGGUGUUUGGUUUCCUUGAUUAUGAGUAUUUUUGCUGACUGUAUAAUUCAAAUUACCAACCGCUUGCUUCUCUAGUUAUACCAACUUAAGUAAGGAUAGCAAUAAACAGAGCCAUGGGCUCAACCAAAACGCCACUCUAUAGCCACAAAUAAUGCUCAGAACAGCACCUAACUUCAUCAACAGUACAUAUAGGGUCCUAGCCACUGCACUAGCCACUUAACAUCUUUUUAGCUUUGCCUUAAUUUCUUUAGCAAAGAGACGAAACACAACUCACCUACUCUCUUCCAGCAGCCGCUUGUUUGUACGGAGACCUCCGGGCGAGUCCAUUGACUGCAGCAGGGGGAUGCAGCUCAAGGAAGAACAUUUAUGAUUAUUACCUCUGGUCGUUACUAAAGUUGGUUUCACUAGAGAAGCAAGUGGUUGGCAACAUUAAUCUCUCGGCGGGGUAGUCUAACUCGGUGUUAUAUCUUUUAUUUCAAAGUAUUUUCAGUGCAGUCAUCCCAAAAGCAGAAUAAGAGGUCCCAAAAGAAAGCUGGAAUAAAUGUAGGGCCUGACUUGUGUUUAGCAGCUUGUAAGGGCAGAUACAUUCAACCAACAACACUGUUAUUUGAUGUCAACAUCCAUCUUGGGUCAGGUUUGGUCAUAAUUAGUUUUUAAACUGAAGGUAGUUUCAAUUCACACUUGGUAUCACUCAUCUGUACAGUGGCACUAGGUGAGAAUUGGCCAGCCCACACUUACCAUAUCCAGGUAGGAAUGGGGGCCACACUCUUACCCCUCCCCCAUCUUCCUCCUUCCACUUUCCAACUCCCUGAACUUGCCGAUUGUUCUACAUGUCAGCUAAUCUGCCCUCAAUAUAACAGUAAUUGCUAAUUAUCUAAUACGUUUUUAAUGAGUUUGGGGAGAUCUGGGGAAGUGAGUGACUCCAGGACGGAAGGAAUAGGUUGAAGACAUCUGCGCUGUGCUUAGGUCUCAGCUACAGGCAUCAUAUUCAGCUCUGCACACUGUCGACAAAUACUCCGCACCCCCAAACCUCACAGCUGAAAUGUUAUUGAGCCAAAUUAAAGAGAGAUGAAGAACAGGAGUGAAUAUUAGGAGUCAAGGAAAGGGAGUCAGGGACACAGUUAAUGCUAUGGAAAAGGAGGAGGGGAAUGAAUAUGCAAAGAGGGAGAUAUAUGCAUUCAGAAACUAAAUUUUGAAGUAGAGAUCUAAACAAACACUUCUUUAGUGGGGUUGGAGGCUGUUAGAAAGAUCUGAGAAACCCUAGAUUGAGUAAAACAGAGCAGUGGGGAGAGGAGUGUCACUGUUAUAUGUAGUAUACAUUACAUUAGACUUCCCUCACAGGGAUUAGCAACUCAAUCUCUCCCUUUUUACACACAUGCGCACACGCAUACACACAAACACACACACACACACACACACACACUAUACUGCAAUGUUGCUCUCCUGUAAGAACACACAGACGCACACACAUACUUAACAACUCGCUUAUACCCAACCGCAUCAACACACACACAUUUCCUCAUCCUGUGGUUUACCUCCCAGGGACCACCAAGACAUUGCUACGGCAACGGAUGCCUGCCUCCACUAAUGAACUGGUUGCCAUGCCAAUAGAGUUGGCUACACUAUCAAAUAGUGCAACCUGGAGGGGGGGGUAGAGUGGAGCUGUGGAGGGUGGAGGCAGAGGGGAUAUGGGAGUGUGCUGAGCUGUGCAAUUUUUGCUCACAGUUCUCUGUAACGGAACAAUGGCAUAGAUGAAUACAUCUUAUGCAGACCUGCUGUUAAAGCCAGACUACUGGUCAGCUCUGUUUUCCCUCCAGCUCCACAUCGUAAAAAGAAAAGGACAAAAAAAGACCGGUCGUUCAGCGGAAAUGCAAGAAAAUAGAAUAACGUGUGGAAAUGGGCAGCGCACAAAUCACCAUGAAAUCUAGUUAGGCACAGCACAUGCACAUAAAAGAUCUGAGGCAUUUUUCAUAGCGGCCUGUGAGCCCCUGUUGUAUCACACACAGAUGUACAGUAAGAGGCAAAGAAGCUUUUUUCCUACUGGUUUGCUCUAUUUCCGCUGGGUUUGGGUGCAGAUCUGGCAUUAUGUAUGCAGAGAUCACAGACAAAAUAAUAAAAGGGAAAUAUUUAUCUCAGUGUGAGAUCUGUAUUUUACAGAGGAUAGAGAAAAAAAUGAAUGUAAGCUAAACCUAAGUUUUCUGAUGGCAAAGACUGUAGAGACAGUAAAAGUCAUCUUAUUUCCAUGAAUGUGGCAGAGGAUUAAUUAUUUAAAGUAGUACAUUUAUAUUCUGCACACACUAUCUCAUGCCUUCAUCAUUCACCAACUGAUCUUGGAUCUUGUGUUACAUAUCAAUCCAUAAUAGAAAGCUAGUUGCCUGAUUUCUAAAAAAAAAAGAAGAAUUGUUGCUGCAUUUGUGUGUAUUACCUCAAUGUGUGCAAGAACUGUGGUUAAAGCAUUAGCCAUCAACAAAAGGCUUUGAUAAACGUCCCCUAAAUACAAAUAAGAAAUUCCCUUUUUUUUUUAAAUCUAAAUAUUAAAGUUAGAUCCACCAGGAUGGAAAACAUUGAAAAUAGCAAAGCUAAGAAAUAAUUUCUUUGACCAAAUUUAGAAUUCACAAGUAUGGUAUGGUAGGAUAUGACGCGACACAAUACAAUAUGACAAGACAUGAUACAGUACAAUACAAUAUGAUAGAUACGAUAUGUCACAGUACAAUAUGACACAACUUGAAAUUAUAUGAUUUGACAUAACGACAUGAUACAGCACCAUAUGAUACAAAUGAAACACAAUCAUACAACAUAACAUGAUACAAUAUGAUAUGAUAGAUACAAUAUGAUAUGACACGACAUGACAUGAUAUGAUACAAUACACUAUAAUAUGUUUCAAUACAACACAACACAAAACGAUCUUAUCUGAUAUGUCACAAUACAAUAGGACAAGACCUGACACGAUCUGACACAAUAUGACAAGACACAACAUGAUACACCAUGAUAUGAUACAAUAAAAUACACCACUAAGCAACAUGGCGCAAAACAAUACAUUCAGUUACAAUAUACAAUAUGAUAUGAUGUAAUGUGAUACCACACAACACAAGUCAACCCAUAUACUGUUAACUUAGAAAAACAUGUCUUGGAUUCCAGGGCUAUAAACACUGAAUAUGCAUUAACACUGUCAAAAGUGAACUGUGAACUGAAAUAUAAAAUAUCUUAAACGCAUCUAAAGUUAUGUUUAAGAUUUGCUACACAAUUCCUUUAAGCGCAAUUAAUUAAAGAGGUGUUGAAGAGUUAUCGAAGUUUAACAAGCUAACUUACUUUUUAGACAAGUUAAUCAAGGAAGCUGAACUGUUCAGCUGGUCUGUAAUGUUUAAACUAACACAAUUUGGCCAAUCUAACCCAUUGGCUGAGUACAUUCAUUAACUAAUGAAUCACUUACAUUCAAUUCAUUUUGAAACUAAGUUUACUUAUAAUAAAAGGACAUUGUAUAUCUUGGUUAUUUUUCAGACAAAUUUGUCAAAAUUCUUCUCAAAAACUCAAGAUUAAGGAUGAAAACUAUGCUUGUACUGUUCAAAGCAUUAAAAAAUCUCUAAUUUCAUUUAAUCCUCCUCAAUGUUUUUGUUAUCGUAGCUUUUGCCUCUGACCUCCAUUAUAUUUUGUGUUUUCUGUCGAUCAAUCAGAGAUGUGUCCAGUUUGACCAAGACUGCACUGUGUGGAACGCCAAGCAGCAGAUCAUUUGCUCCCUCAGUGAGUCGCUGUGGGAUGCCUACAACUACGGCUUGUUCCAGCCGGCUGGAGAUGGACGGGAUGCCAAGUUUCUGGAGGAGGAGAGGGCUCUGCGAGAUUACGCCCAGACCUUUGAGAAAGGGGUGCCUUACCUGGAGGUAAGGGGACUCAUUGCAAGGCCAUAGCAGGGAUUGUAAACUUCAGACAAGUCCAAGUAUUCUAACUGAACCAAAUUGUUCAAGAAUACUUUUCAUGAACACAAAAGCUGAUGGGUUUUUGUUAGAUUUCUUGGGGUGUUAGUUGGCUCUUUAAAAAUACAGCCCGAUUUUUUUGCGGAUAAUGUAACUCUAUUGUCUUAUAAUCUUCUGUAGUUUUUACAACUUGAAGUACUGUGCUGCAUCACAUCUGGAAAGUUUCAGAAAGUUUGAACCUCAGUGUUUAUAGUUUUAGAAAUGUAAACAAAUCCUGACAAAAAUAACAUCCACAGUAUGGCUUAAAUUACACUAUUCAAAUGAUGUGAUUUACCACUGACACUAACUGACACAUAAUUCUUAUGAAGUGUGCUUUGAGGUGACACCAAACAUUAACUUUUCAUGCUGUGAUAUAAUUAUCUUACAGUGCCCUCUGCUGGUCGAGCACAUGUAAAUGUUGAGUAGCUGGGUGGGGCUGAAAAUAUUUCUUGCACUCAGGGUUUGGCUCCAAACCAGAGCGUUAACAUUCUUGACAAGGUUCCAGAGGAGGACAUGUCCGUAUAUUGAUGAGGCUUUGUAACUAAACUCUACCCUGCAGCAGGAUUUAUCUCACAGCCCUGUGAAAGCAUGUACAGUAAAUACACCAUGACAGAAUAGGGCAGGAAUUAGAUCAGGCUUUACUAUUAAAGACUAGUUUCAGAAUACAGUUGGUUAUUUUGUUUUCCAAAACUAACUAAUAAGCAGUCUUUGUUUUGUAAUUAUAUCAAGCUUAUUUCUUCACCCAGCAGCACCUCCAGUGCUUGAAAUAGACAUUUACUCACUGGCAGGCUGAGGUGCAACAUGAGUCUCAUCUCAAGUGUCAGAUGCGACAUAGGAGCUGAGACUUUUCAUCUCCAAGCAUCUCAACUUGUGAAUGGUUUUCAGUCUCACUGCAGUAUUCAUGCAGGAAAGACACAUUCAGUCAGGAGGUUUUCAGUGAUUUGUUUGUUUGUUUGUUUGUUUGUUUUUUUCAAUCAAAAUCCUGUGUUUUGGCUCAAUGAGAAUUUUGAAGACAGAAUCUUUUGUACACAUCAAACCCUCUACUUCUUGAUUUCUUUUGUUGAGCAAAGAAGAAAUGCUCUUAAACAUUUACUCCACCACACAAGAACACUCUGCAGUAUAUUUAACACUUCUUUAGUUGUGCAUAAUUAAAGCCCACGGAAAAUCGAACCAAGUAUCCAAAAAGAAGACACAGUUUGUUUGUUUGUUUGUUUGUUUGUUUGUUUGUUUUUUUGUUUUUUUUAUGCUUUGCUUUUUCACCACAGUAACUUUAUUCACUACAGAGAUUAAAGGCUAAGGAUAGAUUUUCAGCAAAUUUUGAAUCAUAAAGGGUGCAACUAUAUAAUUCGUUAUCUCCUGUGAUGUAUAUGACCUUAUAUGGGCAUGUGGUUUUUGCUGUGGUUAAAAUUAAACUGCCCUACAUACCAUAUCUGGUUAAUAGAGUGAGUGAUCAGCUCUGUGUGUUAUCACUGCUUUCUUUUAUCUUAGCCUACACAAUAUUUGCUUAAUAACAGAAUUAUAGAAUUGACUGUAUCAGGGUUUAAAGCCGUUCAUAAAAGUUCAAUUUGAACAUACAAUCAAAACAGGUAUUUCUUAUGUAAAUGUUUGUAAAUGUAAUUUUGGUUUACAUUAGUUGUUCCUGAUUUUAUUAAAGUUAAACAAAUGUUUUAUGUCUUACAUUAAAAAUAAUGCCUGUUUAAACUGUAAACUGCACUACAGCUAGACCCCUUUAACCUUUAAAUGCGCCAAACAAACACUUUAUGAAUGACAAAAGCAGAUUCAUUAUAAUUUCAGUUGCCAGUUUUGCACCUUUUAGAAAAACAUGGUUGACAUUGUAAACUUCCUGUAGGUAACAGAUCUAUAGAACAAUCUCUCUAUAUAUUCAUAUUGAUGAAGUGAACUGUUCUGCAGUGAUGAAUCAUAGUUUUCACACAUAUCUUUUUCUGCUCCUCAGUUUAGAUACAAAACCAGGGUGUAUAAACAGACAAAUCUGGAUGAAAAAGCUCUCUCCAAACUCAGCACAAAGGUAUUUUUUCUUUUGUCUGUGUCACAUUGCUGCUGCAUAGUAUUUGUCUCUGCUCACUGGCAUUUUUACCUCCCUCCUCUGCCAAUUUCAGGCCAGUCUGAAGAAGUUCCUGGAUUACAUUCAGACUGGAGCUACAGAUAAAAUGGCAAAAGUCCUUGAUAAAGGUCUUGAUCCAAAUUUUCAUGAUCCUGACAGCGGAGGUGAGUUUGCACCAACCUUGAGAUUAAUCAAUGGCCGUCAAAUAAAUCCUUGUGCAGGUGACAUUGUAUGAUGAUAUGAAAAACUUUUGGAGCAGCUAAGGCUGGAGUUUUACUCUCACUGACCAUAUUUAACUUCCAUCCUUCCUGGACCUGCCUGUCAGAGACCCCACUCUCUGUGGCUGCCCAGUCCGGCCUGUCAGUGGAGGGCAUCAGGGCGCUGGUUCAGGGCGGCGCUCAUUUGGACUUCAGAAGCAGAGAUGGCCUGACAGCGGUGCACAAAGCUGUUAGGGCUCAAAAUCACGCUGGGCUGUUGGUGAGGACCUUGGAUCAAAGUCUCAUGCAUGCGGCUCACAAACUCACUCAAGUAGGACUGACUGAAUGAGUAAAACCAUUUAAAUGAUCAGUAUAAAUGUUGUGAGCAAUAGGUGAUUUAUUGCUCUCAAAAAUGGUUACAGGCAUUUGACAGUGCCUUAAACACUUCAGGCAAAGCUGUUCAAGUUCCAAGAGAUACAUUUUGGAGCAGAGGAUUCUUUUCUUCCUGUAGCCUUAGGUUGCUUUCAAAGAACAAAUAUCAAAGCCUCUGUAACAGGUGACAACUACAUAACAUGACACACCUUUGUUAAAGUGUCUCUGUGCCAGAAAGUAUUUGCAUACUUUAUUGUGCUCCAGCAGCAGCUUGAUCACACAGAAUAAGACGAUAGUUCUACUUGAUUAGAUUUUGAUUAAUCAGCUAAGUUCUGAAUCCAUGUAUUGAUUUAAAAAUGGAAAUUAUUCAUCACAUGGAUGUAAUAUAAUUCUAUUGAAUCUUGAUAAAUAUAUUAAAAUUGCAACAGCUUCAAGAUUGUUCUUGAAGCAGCUUCUUUUGUUCUUUUUCUCACUCUGUGUGUUUAUCUGCUGUACAUACAUGCAAAUUAUACAGUCUACACCCACACAUGUAAGAAAAGUACAGCUAUUGUUCAACUUCUUCUUGCCAGGCUCUCUUGUCCCUCGGAGCGUCCCCAAAUUACAAAGACCGUUGUGGCCUGACCCCGCUGUACCAUACUGUACUGACAGGGGGCGACACCUCCUGCUGCGAGACUCUGCUGUACUACAGGGCAAGGCUGGGGACGAGAGAUGAGAAUGGCUGGGAUGAGUCCCACCAGGUAUCAGUGGAGAGUUUGAUAUUUUAGUUUUACAUUAAACUCACAAAAUAUAAAAACAAAUCUGUCCUUCUCUCCAUGCUCCCACUUGGUUUCAUGGUUUCCUUUCAUAUUUCACGUGAAGCGUCUCAAGUCCUCGUCUCUUUUCAUGUGAACUCCUGCAAUGCACCAUCAUUUCCCUGUCUUAUCCCUGUGGUUCAUGUCAUGUGCCAUCGCCCUCAGCCUCUCUGAACAUUUUCUCUCCUUCCUUCUCCUCUGCACCUUCCUCACUAGUCUCUCCAUUCUCUCCCCUUCUUUCCCUCCUUGUCUCUCUCCAUAGCACAGGGAUAAAGAAGAGUUUGGCAUGGAAGAAGUCCAUAAGGUACCCUUCAUCCCACCAUCUCAUCAUCCCCACAAGCCUUUCAAAGGCAAAGGCACUGACGAAUGUGAUUUUAAAAAAAAAGCAGAUGAAUCACAGUGAACAUAUGUUUCCUUUAAUGUGCACCGAUGUGGGUCAUCUCAAGCUAGGUCCAGUUCAGAAAGAGCCUCAGAUAUGAUCUCUUUCUGAAGACGAAGCGGGUGCAUUGCUUACAUUAUAAGUCUGUGACAUUCAGUUAAAUUUGCGUUUGUGCUGUGAGCUGGUUGUCAUGGCAUUUUAUUUUGGUUUUGCCGUGCUGUGUGUAAUCUUUUCUUUACUUCGUACAUAUCUUCUGAUAUUUUAAUCUGUGCAGAAAAACAUAUCAGGAAACCUCACAGGCUGCUGAAGACUCAUUUAUGUUGUUUUAAUGUUUUUUGUUAUUGUUGUUUCUUCUCUUUUCUUUCAUGAUACAACAUAAUUGGCUCUGACCUGUUUCUCUGUGAAAGUAAUUAUGAAUAUAAAAUUGGGUGUAAGAUAUAUCAUUUCCCUUUCUUUCACUUGAUAUCUCUUUUAUAAUAUCCGUCAUUAUCUUCUCUUUCCUGUCUGACUGGAUUGAAAAAAAAAGCCCCAUAUGAAAUCACUUCAACUUUUCUCUUUUUGCUUAUUCUCAUACUCAUAAUAUGUGGAUUUUUUUUUUAUCACACUCUUGACAUUAAAAGGCAUGCCAGAAUGGCUUUGCCCAGCACUUGGAGCAUCUGCUGUUUUAUGGGGCAGACACCUCUUCGCAAAAUGCCUCAGGGAACACUGCUCUUCACAUAUCUGCCCUGUACAACAAGGCAAGUAUGAAAACAGAUUCUCUGUAUGAAAUACUAUUACUUUAAUAAGUAUCUUCAAGUUUACCAGUCUGUUGGUGUUAACCUCUAACUUCUUCUCUGUGAAUUAUUAGGAAAGCUGUGUCCGCGUUCUUCUGUACAGGGGAGCAAAUAAGGAAGCGAAGAAUAAGCAUGGUCAGACUCCUUUUCAGGUAAAGGAUUCCAGUACAAGUCAGUAAAAUUGACUUAAUGUAAAGAUGCUGGAGCUGCAUUUGUAAACAAUUGUAUGGAAUGCUAACUUUCAGUCCAGGUGUAAUACCUCUUUUAAUGGCAUAAGAAUCAUUCAUUAAAAUUGAACCUCUCAGGAGGAACAUCACCUGGACAUAAAUCUUAUUAACUGUGAUUUUUUAGACUGAGCUUUAAUGUUUUGACCUGAGCUGUCAUGGCGUCCAUCUUUGCCACCAUUUUUUUUACAAUAAAAAAAUAAUGAAUAGCAUCAUAACAUAGACUAGAGCUUUAACCUCUACUGCAUUUUUGAUGUUUACAGUUAGCUGUACUGUCUGGUCAUUUUGAACUGGGGGAAAUCAUCAAAAACCACAAAGAUUCAGACGUAGGUAAGCUUUUAUCCCAAACUGUCUCCUCUGAAGGAGCUAUCAAGUGUUGAAACCAAACCCCAUCUUGCAUGUUGUUUCGAUUAUGUUUUGGCCCUUAAAGGCAACCUUUCUUCUCCCCUCAAUCUACCUAACUUCUUCCUCCAUUUCACCCUCUCUUAUCAAACGCCAACUUCCCUUCCCUUCCCUGCCUUUUUGUCCUCUCCUCCCUCUGACUCGUCACCCUCUGCCUCCUCACUCCUAAUCUUCACGCCCACAUCCUUAGUGCCCUUUUUGGAAUCACCAAAGUAUGUUCCCAAGCGCAAAGAGAGCUCCCACACCCUGCCUCUCCCCUCACUCCAUUCUCACCCCCUCCUGCGUGCUAACAGCGAUAACACCAUGACCCAGUCUGACCCUUUGGCCCAGCCCAACAAGACUGCAGCCAAUCCCAACCCAGGACAGGUACUGAGGAACAUUAAGUGGAUGCUGAACUGUUGACCUUAUAUUACCUUUGUGAUAUAAGAUAUUACUCUCUUUGGUCUUUUUCUCAAGAAAGUUACAGGAUUAUUUUUGAUUCUGUCUUUAUGAGCGAUGUUGUUUUCCCACAAGGGUCAACGCAGAGCCUCCAUAGGCAUGAGAAGCUCCAGCAGUCCCAGAACUCGAACCCGCUCCCCAUCUAGAGGAAGAGGAGGAGGCCAGAGUGACACAGAGGAGAGACAUCGGCAGCCAAGAGGCAGACAAGGGUAAGGAGACAGAGGAGAGAGGUUAAACAUUGUAUUUAUAACCAUUCCUUCAAGGCCCCCCACUAAAAAGGAUCACCCAUCCCUUGUUACUUUUAGCUCUUUAAAGAUUGCUGUUUUUGUCCAAGAUGCAUGUUAGUUACUAUCAAUACCUGCAACAAUGUCCUGAAUUUUAGGUGGGGUUAGGAUAGACACUUUUGUCCAGCAAGGCAACAGAGACAGAGGAGCUAAUCUUGGCCUGAACAAGAUUCACAAGUAACUGAGGGACGUACAAAAGCUCCAGGGACACUUUUAAAUAUGCAAGGCUUGGAGAGAAUCUACAGCCAUGCUAGCAGUUCUGUGAUACAUGCAUAUAUCAGCAUGCCGUGUGCUUACAAUGACAAGUUUGAGCUGCUGACAUGUAUUUCGUACACCAUCUCAGUCCUGCACUUUUGUGAGCCAGGUUCACGUGGGAAUUAAAUAAGUUUUGCAGAUGUAUGUUCAUAAACGAAGAAGCAGACUGUUUGACAUGUUGAUGAUGCAUUGGGUCGGCAGAGUCAUUGGUGACUGCAGAACUUUGUUUCGACUCUGUUCACGAUGAUUCAUCAAGUCAGACUAAUGGAUGCAUUUGCCCAAGAAAGUGCGCUACAUAUCAAAAAAGGUUGCUUAUAGUAUUACGAUGCACAAACUGGGGCACUUUGACCCUGUCACAAUGUCGACACUUUAACUCUGUGUCAGUACAACACAGCAGUGUGUAUUUGUACUCUUGGUAUGACUUGUUAGUGUGACUCAACGGCUGACAGUCUCUGAUGGAGCCUGACAAGUUCCAUGUUGUCUCACUUUGUCUAACUUGUUUUCCACAGUGUGCAACACUUAUCCUAUCUCCUCUUCUCUCCUUGUCUCUCUCUCUCUCUCUCUCUCUGUAGUGCGACCUCAGCGGGCAGCGGUGGAGGUCAGAUGAAGCGUAUGUACAGUGCCGUGCCGGGGCGGGUUUAUAUAGCUACUCGGGCUCACUCUGCAAGUGGAGACAGAGAGCUCUCACUGAGCAAAGGGGACAAAGUCAAAGGUAGGAUAGAGUCAAAUGAUGGAAUAUGAGAAUAACAGAAAAAUCUGCCUUCCUGAGCAAUGUUAUUAAAAUUCAACUGUUUACAGAGGAGCCACCUGAAGCAUAGUGGUUACACUGGUCAUGUCUUCAGAUGAUUUGGUUUAGUUUUGAGUGAUUUCAGGUCUAUCUGCAGUUUUAUAUAUGAGCUACUGUCUUAAAUAUCUACAGAAAUGAAGAGUUUUUUGGGGGAAGAUUGUAAACAAGUGGAAUAAGAAGCACAUCCAGUUAUCACAAAGCAAUACCUGCCUCUCCCCAUGCUCAGAGUUAAACAAUAUUUUUGAUAAAAGACAGCUAUUGAGUAAACAAGUAGAUGUGUGAUGAUAUAUAUACCACCAAAAAAUUUCAUUCUCUCUAUCUUUCUCUGCUUGUUUGUUUAUCCAUCCAUCUAUCUGUGUGUCUCAGUGUUAAGCGUGGGAGAGGGGGGAUACUGGGAAGGUACAGUGAAAGGUCGCACUGGAUGGUUUCCUUCAGACUGUGUUGAGGAGGUGGGGGGUCUCAACAAUCGAACAGGUAAGACAGAACUAUCAGCAGUCUCCCCACUCUACUUUAAUGAUUUUUUGUCCACAGUAAAUGUGAAACCUGUUUUUUAAAGUCUCAGAAAUAUUUGAAGUUUCUCUAACUUGUCAUGGGAUUUUUCUUUCAUGCUAAAUGUGUAUUUUUUAUAUUAUUCACAUGACUUUAAACAGUCAAUAGGUCAGCUAAUAUGACACAAACAAUCACAAGAAAUGGCACACAGAUUGAAAAAAAGGCAAGCUGAAAAUGGGUUACAAUCUCCCUCAGGCUGGAAUUAUCCUUUAAGUCACUUUAACACACAGCACAUGUCACACUCAUGUUUACCAGCAGGCCCUCCUGCAGCAGACACUCGCACAUAUACAGCACUUUUCUCCUUCUUUUCACAGCUGCACUGUGGAAACCAUAUGCCAAUGUAUCUGACAGAAAAAAAAAAAAAAAACGGCUGUCAACAUAUUUCAUUCACUUGCGUGUUGCGCUGAAGUCUCAACACUUCUGCAAAAAGACAGAGAAGGUGUCAUGACAGAAGCUUGAACGAUUAAAUUGAGCAUAUGUCGUGCUUUGCAGAGACGCGGAGCGAGAAAGCAAAGAGGAAGCUUUUCCGAAACGUCACUGUCGGGGCUUAUGACGGCACAGAUGGGCCAAGGUAAGAGAAGUUGCAAUAAUCCAUACAACCUCAUAGCCUCUAAAUCCUGCUGUAUACUGUAACUACUGCCUUGAAGGAAAAUGAUGAAAAGAAAAUUUAAGAUUGCUAAUAAAAGCAGGGAUGAUUUUCUACUCAGUGGUGUGUCAAACCUUCCCUGACCUCCCAGUGCAUGAUGAAAUAGACUCUGGUCCCAGCCUUGAACAGGAUGCCAUAUUUGAAAUAGAUGGGGCCAAUAAAGCUAAAAUAAUCCUUAUCAGCUGCAGCCUCUGAUACACUUUUAGCUGUGGACUGUCACGAGUGUGGGCAGCAUCUAAGCUGUCGGCUCUUUGGUUUAUUACUGUAAGGAAACAAAGUGAGGCCAGUAGAGGUGAUUGAACCAGCAAACACACACUUGGUUGGCUUGUAUGUAUGUGUUCGUGCUUCAUUGUUUCACCUCUUGUGCCUCCGUGCCUCUCUUUUGUGCAGUAUGUGUCUGUGUUUUGCUGAUCCUGAGCUGUGCUUGUUCUCUAUUGUUUUUGCUGUGAACACAUCAGAGCUGAAGAGCAGCCAUGUCUUUUUCAGGGCUGCCCCUUUUGGCUACAACAUGAAUGCACAUGUCACUUUGAUACCUCACUCCACCAGCCUCUCUCUCUCUCUCUCUCUCUCUCUCUCUCUCUCUCUCUCUCUCUCUCUCUCUCUCUCUCUCUCUCUCUCCUUUCUGGUGUCUUGUUUUACUGAACACAAUUAUCUUAUAAUGAGAGGUAGAGUGGGGGGUUCUCCUCUCCCUCCUCAUCCUCCUCCUUCUCCUCCAUGACAUCUGUCUAAGGCUGCAGUUCAGCCUUGGGCAGCUGCAACUGUGUAUCAAGGAGCUAUGCAUGUUUGUUUGGGAGUUAGAGUGGAUGUGAAAAUGCCUGUGUGCGUCUUUAUACAUCAUCCUGCUGAUGAGUCAUAAGGAGGCUGAAACAUCAAGCGCUGGUUAGCUCCCUGAGCUAGAGAGAAGGACUUACCAGUGGCCACCUCAGGGUUUUACAGGCUCUUCCUCUCUGUAUCUGACAUUACCCUUGUGCUGAGCAGCUCUGACUGUCAUUCAAAGGCGGCAUUUACUUUAAUGCAUCUACGGUUGUGUUCUAAAUGCAAAUAGCUGCCACCAGGGUUAUAUUACCUUAGCUAAGUUGGUUAAAUGUAAUUGCAGCAGCGUGGUGAAGUGGUGCUCAAUUAAGAGCAAGGUGAUCCAGAGCGUGUUCCCCUCACUGCAGGGAGAAUGUCAAUUACUAUUUCAGAGAGAGAUAGAAAGAGAGAGCAGGAGUGUUUGCCGGCCUGUGUGAUGAUGACAGCUCUGCUUUAGUGGAGAGACAGGGAGCGGGGAGGAAAGUUUGCGAAUGUGUGUGUGAAUCAGGGAAUCAGCUGUUAGUGGAUCUGUGGUAUACCAGUCAGUGGACGUGCAAAUGCAGGCACUCUCCCGGUGUCGCGUCACCCAUCCCCCGCAUCCCCACACUGCAAAUACAGCUCAGCAUCUCCCCCAAUUUUCCAACGAAACCCUCUACCAGUGCACACACACACAUACACACUCCCUACUGUCAUAAUGGCUAUCUGUCUGUCUUUCCCUCACAUUGUCAUUCUCUCGUCUGAAGUAUGCGGGGUGCAGACCAGCGUGCUGUCUCUCUCUCCCUCUCUCUAAUUCCCCACCUCCCUCUCUCUCUCUCUCCCUCCUCCUCCUCAACUCUCUCUCUCUUUCCAUCUCUCUCUCUCUCUCUCCUUCUCUCCGGCUGAGCUCUCGCUGAACGAGGGGAGGAGGGUGGAGGGAGGUGGUGGUGGUGGAGGAGAGCGCGCGAGAGAGAGGAGGAGGAGGGGGGGACAUGGCAAUGGGGGGAUGCGGAGAGAGAGAUUUCUCUCUCUCCCUCUCUUCUUCGUGGCCGUCACUGGGCCCCAGAAACAGGAGCGUGUGGUUCAUUUACAGGUAGCGGCUGUUUCCUCAUUCAUUGGCUGGCUAUGGAUGUGAGGAGAGGACAAUGGAGAGAGGGGAGAGGUAGAUGAUGCUAUUGAGAGGCCGUGCCUUUUCAAAGAUAGACUAAUAAGCUAUGUAUUCUGUGUGUGUGUGUGUGUGUGUGUGUGUGUGUGUGUGUGUGUGUGUGUGUGUGUGUGUGUGUGUGUGUGUGUGUGUGUGUUCGCGUGUGCUUGUGUCUUAAAUUUCUCUUUUCCUCUGCAUGUGAAUAACCGUGGGACAGACGCGGCUAUUGAAUGGAGACUCUGCAGCAUGUUUAUUUCCAUGUCUUUCUCUCGUGUGUCUCUGAACACCGAGUGUAUGUGUGUGUGUGCUAGUGCAUGAAAGGGAGCACAUAUUGAUGCAUUUCAGUCAGACAGUGUGGGUGUAUUUCAUUCUCUUUGACUCAUGAUGUCUUUAAGCAGAUAUUUUUCAUUCACCGGCACUUUCCAUUUAUAUCUGCUCCUUUAAUAUGCUACUGUCACAUCGCAUUUCUUUUUGUGUCUCCUGUUGUAUCACCCAAAAUGUGACGUCUUUGGACUGUACAGAGGGAUAAAAGUGAAUAAGUCAAUAAACAGCCAGAGUGCAGUUUAUCAGCUCCUCUCAAGCUCUAAUAUGAGAUACCGGUUAUUUCUGUGCAUGUCAGUGUGUGUGUGUGCACACAUUUCCGCUUAUGUGUGUAUGCAUGCAGCUAUAUACACUUAAAUGUAUGUGGUUCUCACAUAUGAGUGUAUACGUCACAGUGUUUGAUGCUGUGGGAGUAUCUCCCCUGUACAUGCAUUAAUAAAUGUGCCUCGUUCAUCCACCUUCUACAUCUCCAUCCACAGCGUGUGUCACUAACAUUUGUCAUGUGCUUCACCGGCAGUGUGUGGGUAUUGUCCCCACAAAGGCAGUCUAUCUGCAUGUUCUCUCAGCACAUGAAUGGUUAAAAAGCUGUUUUUUUUUUGUCUCAGUAAUUGUGGAUGGAAGAGAGGAUGACUCAGGAGGGAACAUAAUAACUCUGGUCUUUAGUAGGCUUCCGGCUUUAAUGCGGCCAGUUCAAAGAGAUUGUGUCCCACCAGCCAACAGGGAUUAAGCAGGGAUGUUUCUGCUUUUUGUGGCUCUAAUUGGCCAGGCAGUUGUGGUCAAAUGUGCAGACGGACAUGUGGUAUAGCUUCAAAUGUAAAGGAAAUUAGGAGCGUUACCACAAACCAGCGGCACAACUUAAGAACCACCCCAGAGUGGAGAAUCAGCACAGGCUGUGUUUGCCCUUGUAGAUGAGCGUGGAUUAAGAGCCCAAAAGAUCCAGCCACCCACUUCGUGUUACUUUGAUCCUCAGAGAGGGAAAGAAUGAUGGAGGACAGGGUGAGAGAAAAAGGAAUGAGGUGCGAGGAGCAGAUGGUUUGAAGGCGGCUGUGCGUUGGCGAAACAGUAACAUUGAUGGAGAACUCACAAGGGAACGGACCUCAGUAGGGGAAACUAGCGAUCGUCUGUUCGGUGCUAAAGUUACGGCUUGGUGUCAAAAAGUCUGGAUCUUCAGGCCUGCAAGCCGUCGCUCAUUACUCUGCUAUACCUCUGUGGCUUCACAGCCAAACUUCAUUACAUGCUCUGCCGGAUUAAACACACAAAACCUUUCUGGGUCUCUAUUGAAAGAGAGUGUGGGAUAUAAUAUUGUACUGUUAUUGUUAUUUUAGCACUAGAAUACACAGGGGGCUUCAGAAGUGGUGGAGGCAGAAUGAAGUCGCCUCUGCCAGACACUAGGAAAUUUAAGGAGGCUCCUCACAACCUAGAAGACAAUCCACUACCAGUUUUGAGGGUGAACUUAUCAAUUUCAAGUGUAUCUAUGGCAAAAGUAGUCUUGUUAUAGACUUUUAACAGCAGAGAGAAUGUAACUGUUAGUUUCAGGUGUAGGUUAUUGAUGGUAAAGGGGAAAAGAGGCCAUAUAUAUAUGCAUCCUGAGAGCAAGCAGAGUCUGAAAUACAUAAAUCCUGUAUCUCAUGUCAUUUCAAAAAGUGAACCAAACUUCCCUUUUAAAGUGGAGAGACCAAAACAAACAGUAUUCCUAAUUGAAAUAUGUCUUGAGUAAACCCAGAGCUUCCUAAAUGUCAAGUUUUUGCAGUCAAAUCACAAACAUAAAUACAGACCAAUCUUAAGCUAAGCCUUCCAUCCAAUGCUUAGACCUUCUAAGAAAUUAAAUAAUUUGAUUUGUCAAGGGUCAGUGUCAGCUAAGAUUUUGAGGUACAAGCCUAGGGAAUAAGCCAUCAAGGAAAGAAAUAUCUGAAACUCCAAUUGUACCAUUGAGCUCUGCUGAAGUUGCAGGCUCUCCAGAAAAACAAGAGUGAAUUGACAUUGUUAGAAAAUCAGAUCCAAAAAUGAGUCAUGAGAUGUGGCUGCAAGUGUGAAGUCCAUUUAACCAGUCCUGUAUUAGAGGGAAGGUUGUAAAGCAGCUUGGCCAAAAGUCGCAGACAGGGUAAUAGAAUAAUGAAGGAGCUCACUGGCCCAGCUGUUACACUACUCCAACAGUCUCAUAAUAAGAUUGCAUCACCAAUGCCUGUGAUCCGCUGGCUUUAAGCAUGAGGAGCUGUUUGUGGAGGCAGAUUACAGGCCUGUCUGACUGCCUUUUGUACAUAAUUUGAAGUGUCAUGUAUGACCAGUAGUGGUACGCGGGAGUCUGUAAAGCAGUAUCCUUGCUAAAGCUGCCAGAGGCGAUAAAAGCUAAUGCAGCGAUUGAGGUGCAUUUGGAAGUUUCUGUUAUCAGUGAAGUGUGUGCUCACAUUUUCUAAUGUGCUAUCCCCCUCUGGCCCACUGUUUGUCAGCACUGUGUGGAUUAGUCCAUGGUAAAAGAUGCCAUCUCAUAUACUCCUCCUCCCAUUGUGACACUAACUGUAGCUCUGCCAUCAUUGUGCACCAGCACUUGUUGUAUGACACUCAAGCCAACCUUUUCUUUUGCUGCAGUGUGAUUUCAUGACGUGGUGCAAUGUGGCUGUUUUCCUCAUUCAUAAAAAUGCUUUAUUUGCAUGACAAAAAUACUUUUUGUUUUCUCUGAACGCCACAUACCUCUAUUCCUCUCCAAUCCUUAUCACCCUCUCCCUGUCCCCUCUGCUCCCUCUGAAGUGACUACAUCAUUAAGGAGAAGACAGUGCUCCUACAGAAAAAAGACAAUGAGGGAUUUGGCUUUGUGCUUAGAGGAGCCAAAGGUAAAUGAAAAAUUCAACCCAUAUUAUUCUACCUCUACACAUUCCUCAAUCUCAAAUGCCCUCUCUCUAUUUUCUCAUCUGUCUGACUAACUCUCUCAUCUUUAACUUACUUUUCUGUUGAUCUGGAUCCACUCAUACUCAUUUUGUCCUGUCCACUGCAGCUCAGACUCCCAUAGAGGAGUUCACUCCGACGCCAGCGUUCCCUGCGCUGCAGUACCUAGAGUCUGUCGAUGAGGGGGGUGUGGCCUGGAGGGCGGGCCUAAGAAUGGGGGAUUUCCUCAUUGAGGUAAGGACAAGAUGUGACCUGGAAAAACUUCCAACAGGGUGUUUGGCUUCCACACUCCGAUAUAUAAUUCAUGGAUCGUAAAUUUCCAUUCGAACCUGCAAAAAUUUCCAAUCCAUAAGUCAUGUCUUUGCUUUAACUUAAAGUGACUGUACAAGUGAUUCUUGCCGGCCAGUCUGCUAGGUGGCUGCAAACUGUGCAAUGGAUUUCCUGAAUGGAGGCGUGACUCACUGAGACGUAGAGAUGAGACACGCCUCCAUUCAGGAAAUCAUACGUACAUAUUCCUGCCUGUAGAGAGAUGUUUAUUACAGCCUCAUAUAAAGUAAACAAUAAUGAUAAUAAUGAUGGUAAAGCUAACAGAACUCUGGUAUCGGAAAAGUAUUGGUAUCAGCAGAUAUCCAAAUUCAGGAAUCGAGGUCAGAUCGGAUGUGAAAAAAUGUGGAUCAGUGCAUCCCUUAAGACAACACACUCCUUGCACAGCACUGCAUUGUUGUAUGUCUUGUUUAUGUGCAUAUUUCUCUCUUCCAGGAAGAAUAAUGGUUACUUUAAGAGUUAUAUCAAUGGACAACCUCAAAUAAUAACUCUGUAGUAAAACUGCUACGAAACAUUUCCUACUGACAGAGAUUUGAUGGCUCAUCAUGCACUAAGUCCAAAAAGCUUCAUGAAGCGUAGCAUGAUGUUUAGAGUGAGGAAUUUAAAUAGCACUCUAAAAACACUAGAGCUUUUUCCACCAAUGAAUGUGACAAGUACAGGAAAGUUCCUCUGACAGCUUUAUAACUCAUUCUGGGAAAUGUAGGAAUUUAGAGGACAUAAAAAACGGCAGGCUAAAGAGAAGCGAGUGAGCCAAAAUAAACGACAUUUCGACAUUACACAUAACAUUCCUUACUCUUGGCUCUCUUGUAUAUGUUAUCUGUCUAAUAUAUUUUUCCUACUACUUGGAGAGAAAAUCUUCGAAGCAGUGACCACAGCGAAUAUUACAUAAUCCACAAUCCCCCUCUUUUACAAAGUUCUCUGUUAUUUGUGUUAUCCUGAAUUUAAUGCAUUUGCAUAUCUAAUUUAACAAGCUGCAUAUUUUCACUCUCUUUUUUAACGAUACAUGUUUUAUACACUGUGCAUUUCAGUCAGACCAAGUGCGGGAUUGCAAUACUUAAAGCUCUUCAUCAGCUGCAGUACAGGCCAUUUUGCACUUUAAAAAGCUCUAAAAUUGGUGAUUGUCAAGCCUCCAUUAAAGCUGACACAUACUGCUAAUUAGUAUUCAACCUAAUAUGAGUCACUUACGUGUCUGUCCAAGCCUUUGUAAUUGUGAUGAACUGUAGUGGCUGUAUUUGUCAUUGGUGCCACAAUCUAAAACAUGGCAAAUGUAAAGGCUGGGAGCAAAAUCUCAUUAAGCUGUCCAAAAGUGGGACAGCUGCAUUACUUAAGUAGAGUCAAAGUUUGGUGUUUCAGUUUUACGUGUUAAAAGAAUCCAGUUUUUGAUUGUAAUAACUUCACCUCCUCUGAGUUAAGUCCCUCUUUGUCUUUGCAUCUUUCAGGUAAAUGGCCAGAAUGUGGUGAAAGUCGGCCACAGGCAGGUGGUCAACAUGAUCAGACAGGGCGGCAACAGUCUCAUGGUGAAAGUUGUCAUGGUUGCGCGAAACCCUGAACUCGAGGACACAGUCCGCAAGAGAGGUAAAAGUCAAAUUUUCCCUGCAGCUCAUUACCAUCCUAUGUUUAUGAUGUAAUAAUUAAACUGAUUGCAUGUUUACAUGACUCUAAAAGCCUGUUGCAAUGUGGUCGUCAUUGGUGACUGCAUGUUUAUAUGAGAAUACUAAACAUUAAGUCUGCAUUUGGCCCGAUUCCCUUGGCAGCCCCUCAGCAGACUAAGAGACUGACUCCUCCCGCCAUCGCCCUGCGUUCCAAGUCAAUGACAUCAGAGCUGGAAGACAUGGGUAAGAUGAUAGAGGGGGACAAAGGGCUGAAUGCAAAGAAGUAAGAGGAGGGAGGUCUGGAGAGAAUAAGAAGUAAAAAUAAAGUGGGAUUGAAUCUUUUUUUUUAAUGAGAGGACACGUUUGGAAAAGCUUUUCAGGUUGGUUUGCAGCCCCUCUGCAGGAUUACAGUUGAGUUCUGGCCCUAUUAAGGAAACACCACAUUAAUUAUUAAACAAGUUGAUGUAGAGAGAGUCGAGAAAUGAUCCAGUGUAGGUGUGAUUACACAGCUUUUUUUUCCCAGAAUGGGUUUAAUGGAAAUGCUCUAUUGCUUACUUGAUUACCUUUAGAGCAGAAACGCACAAACUAAACAGCUCAGAGAUAUAAACACGAUUACAUGAUUGAUAUGAAACUUGUCUAAUCUCAUCCUUUACAAUUUGCUCUUUUUUUCUGGACCAAAUGUGCUGCACACAGUGGACAAAGGUGGGAGACUCAUGGAUGUAUGUGCUCUCAUUAUCAUUUCCAUCUCCAUCCCUAUCAUCACAUCAGUAUUCAAACCAUCACAUGUUUCUCGAGUAUGUACAUCAUCCUUUUAUCUGAUGAAUACACAUGACUACACAGCACUUCUUGUCACACCUAAUUUUCUGUUUCCCCAUUUAUGCAUGCUACAGCUGCAUCUCCUUGGAAAAAGAAAGCAGGUGAGAAUGAGCCUUUAUCUUUACCCCGAUCAGCCCCUGAGCUCUAAUUAAAAGUCGGCCUGUUUGAUCCUCUUUUUUUUCUCUUUCCUCUUCAGAGUAUGAGUCCUCUCAGGGUCCUGAUAAGAAGAGGACGGUCUAUCAGAUGGCCCUAAGUAAGAAAUCACUCUCGCAGCUCUUGUCACACUGUAAAAGGGUGUUUUUGAAACCUUGAGGGGACAGGAGUGGGCUCACCAAAAUCCUCUUUUCAUGUUCCUGCCUUAUUUUCAUGCUCUCCCUCACUACCUUUCCAUGUUCCUUUUCUUCCUCGCCCUCCUUCUGUUUUUGUUUCAGAUAAACUGGAUGAAAUCUUGGCUGCUGCCCAGCACACCAUUACAUCAGACAACCAAGGCCAGAGAGGUCAUGGAGGCAAGAGGGACAGGAGCAAGAGUAUUGUUCCCAACAUCUCCACUGAGGUACUGCUGGGAAUUCAAAGGAAAUGGUCCUAGAUUGUUGUUAUCAUAUUUUUGGGCCCUGCAGGAAUUUUUAACUUGAUUUCCUCCACCUGAAAAAUAUUCACAAAUAUCGAGCAGCUGAGGACCCCUCUCUAAAAGAGUUUUUUUUAAAGUGCUUUAGGAUGUAGCACAUAUUUAGUCAUGGACGUGACUAAUCCGAGUGUUCCUAUCUAGUAAGCAGCAAGGUCUUCAGCUUUUUUUUUUAGCUGUAUGUGUUCUCCUGCUCGGAAAGCACUUUACAGAAAAUGAUUGACAAUGGACCACCCACACCAAAACAUUUGUUAAGAGUGAGUCAGGUUGAAUCCAUUCAUCUCUGCUCUCCUGCCUGAUACACUUAUACUUGGACUGUCUGCUUUUUCUGUCUUGCACUACACUGUAUAUCAAAUCAAUAUCAACCUAAAUGCUGCUUCAUUUUGAGUGGAUUUUGUCUGAGGAAAUGUUUGAUACACUUUUUAAUCCUCUCUUUACGAUCAUGUGUCUUUUGUUUUCUUUUAAAAAUGUGUUUUGACACCUGAAGCAACCCUAUGAGCAGCAGGCUCCAGUAAGCUUGGUGCAGCACGGACCUGGUUUUGGCUACAACCAGGCUCAUUUUCAACCAGGCCACGGUCAGCAUGCGGUCAUGAUGCGACAAAAAUCUAUUGGUAAGCUCGGACUUGAAGGUUAAAUUUCUGCCCGCAAUGACUGGUCCUUUUUAACAGCCUAUCUCCUUUUUUUUUCUUCAGGUGUAACAGAAGAGGAGAGGCAGUACCUCCACCCACCUGCUAUGAAGCUGGCUCGCAGCCUUUCAGUACCAGGACCGGAGGAAAUCCCCCCACCCCCAAACACAUCUGCCCCAGAUCCACCUUUAUCUGCAGGUCCUCAUCCUGGAAGAGGACCAGCUAUGCCCAUCCCACCUGUAUCUCAAGCCCACUACCAGCUCCACUCACAGCCAGGUCAAGCAGGCUGGGACAGAGGCGGACCAGGUGGUGUUAACCAGCAGGUUAUGGUCCCCACCCUGCGACGACAAUCAGACGGACUGGUUGUAAGAGAUCAAGAUCAAGCGCCUAGGAGAGGUGGCGGCAAGAUGGGAGGUUUACGUAGAGGCUACAGCAGCGCUACACCUCCAACAAGUGCUAAGCCUAAGACCCAACAGGCACAGCAACAUCACCCACAUAUUACGAACCGAGAGCAGGGUGGAGGAGUCAGCAGGGGGACUGCACGGAGAGGCGGUCGAGGAGCUCUGAUGAAGCAAUCAAAAGUUGAAGAUGGGCUGAGACAACACAGGGGAAAAGGGGGUGCUGCCAAAGAGAAGAGCUCCAUCCCUAUUCCUACAAUCAUUGUCAAGGCGCCCUCCACCAGCAGCAGCGGGCGGAGCAGCCAGGGUAGCAGUAUGGAAGCUGAGACCUCUCAGGAUGUAGAAGACCCCGGCCCAGCAGACACCACCACAGACAGCCCCAACACAAGUCUACCCUCACCUCUUAUCCCCUCGCCACCUCAGCCACCAACAUCCUCUUCCUUGCCUUCAUCAGCUGUUGCUCCACCAGCUUCCUUGCAGCAAAACUUGGAACACUUGGAUUACUCUUCAUCAUUUAGUUCAGCCCUCGGAGGGGGAGGAGGAGGAGCACGAAAGGAAAGGGAACGUUUUCGAGAUAUGAGGAGAAAGAGCACUUCGUUCUUUCUUUCAUCUGAAGAGGACAUCCAAGGAGAAGCAGGAGGAGGAGGAGCGGGGGAAGGUGGUGUAGCAUCAGGAGCAAGAACUCAACUUUUACAGGGAUCACAAAUGGAGGUGCCCACCCCUCGGCUACGACCCUCCAAGUCGAUAGAUGAAGGCAUGUUUUCUGGAGACAACUAUAUGAACUAUUCCAGUAGCAUGCCUCCAGCCUUUGGUCUGCCUGAAUAUUCCUCCCCUGUCCUUGGUCAGGACGGUCAGCCAAAGUCCGCUCCGUCAAUGUUUGGUUCCCAGCCUGCCACCACCUUCAUCCACCCACUCACUGGAAAAGUUCUAGACCCCUCAUCCCCUCUCGGCUUGGCUCUAGCUGCACGAGAAAGAGCCCUAAAGGACGACCGCAGGACUCGCAGAGAGGAGAGGCACUUUGGUCGACAACUAUCCACAGUUGGAUCGUUCCCCACCCCUGUCCAGACCCCAACUCCUUCUCUUUUUGCAACCCCAACACAAUCGACCUACACCUCCCCAGUUUCUCUCCACCUGAGCUCCCCCACAGCUACGACCUCCCCUGCACCUAUGAGCCGACCACAGUCACCGAGGAUAUUACGCCUUGGAGGUGGGGGUGGAGAGAGAAUGGAGAGAGAAAAAGAGGGAGGAUCUAGGGAGGGUCUAAGAGUUCGCUUUUCAGAGGACAGGACAAAUCAGUAUUCACCACAGUAUUACCCACAGAGCCCUAGAGAGAGAGAAAGAGAGAAAGAGGUGUAUGACAGCAGACCUGCUCCACCUAUACAGCCUCCUCCACCGCCGACUCAACCUGCACCCCGCAGACCUUCCUUUCUGCAGAUGGAAACCUCUCCCAACAUCACCUACAUCCCUCAGUACACUGGUCCUACAGGGCCAGCACAGGCACAUGAUAUUAUGGAUGAUGCCAGAGCAGCAGCAGCAGCAGGUGGAGGUCUUGGACUGAUGGUUUUGCCUCCACCUGCCCCUUCAAUAGAUGUAGACGAUGAAUUUGUCUUUGCUGAUCCCUUACCUCCUCCGAUACAGUUUGCAAAUGGUAAGAAUGAGAGAAUCCAGCAGCAUCAACUUAGGAAUCAACACUCUGCCGCUCCACCUCCACCUCCACCUCUUCCAUCUUCCAAGACCUCAAACGCCCCCCAGUCCUCCUCACAGGGUGGUGACUCUGCUGCCUCCAGCCUUACAUCCUAUGACAGUGAGGUAGCCAACCUUACCCAGUCAGCUCUCUCUCCAUCAUAUCCAUCCCCACAGGUUUUUUCCUCUUCCUCCACCACCAACACCACCUCCUCUGCAGCUUUACCCGCUACAUCACUGCACAGACCCCAGCCCAUGGCACACUCUCACCCUUAUUACAGCAGCUCUAAUGACUCCUCUGUAGGUGGUCAUCCUCGAGGCCAUGACCGAGGCACUUCUUCCCUGACUUCGACCAUGACCUAUGCUACCACAACCAUGACAGCUACAGCGACCGCCUCCACCACCGCAUCACCAUCAUCUUCUGACUACAGUGUGAACAUAGCAGGGCCCAGAGCUGGUCUUGGUGCGGGGGGAAAAUCUGCAGACCAAACCCAUCACUCUACGGUUACACCCAAGAGCGGAGACUGGCAGGAUGCAGUGGUGGAUUCUGGGAUUGAGGAGCUGGACAGUCACAGCAGCAGUGACCAUCAUCUUGAAAUGCUGGGACUGAGUGGUAUGAGAGGAGAGAGGGGUGGAGGAGGAGGAGGAGAGGGAGAGAACUCAGGUGGGCAAACAUUUGAGGUGCACAGUGCCAAAAUGGCAAACCCUGUGUUUCCAAAGAUGACUCAUUACAAGGAAGGAGGGGGGAGGCUGCCUGUAGCCCUGCGAAGGCAGAACAGCACCAAUCCCGCUCCUUUGCAGCUACAGAGACAAAGCAACCCAGAAGACCCAAGGUUAGACGGAGCUUAUGUGGACGAAAGGAGGCGCAAGCAGGGCCGAUCCAAAAUGGAGGACAAUUUUAACUCCGCGCUUGCUGCUUGCUUAGAGAGGCCCAUGGAUGCUCGAUCAGUUGGUUGGGGCGAAGUUAGCGAGCACGAUAUGGGUGGAGGUGGAGUGCAUAGAGAGGCGAUUGUGUUGGAGGGCCGCAGGCUUCACUCACCUCUUUCAGGUGUGAAGGCGAGCAUCAUCAAUGAGCUGAGCUCUAAGCUGCAGCAGAUGAGUGGUAUGAAGAGCAUGGACGACUGGAGCCACACUCCAAAGUCACCCACCAUACACAGGUUGGCUUGUUUCCAUCAUUCACCACAUAAACUCUACAGAACCUGGAUUUUUAUAUCAGAUGUUUUACGGUUAGGGUUAGGCAUCCUUACCACUCAGAUUUACCUCUUAACAGAAUCUGACAAACAGUUAUUACCCCUUAUACAAAUAUAUGUCUGCUCUAUAUCAAAGAUUUCAAUAUGAGUAAAAAAAUCAUUUCAAUUCUGUGCUGAUCGGGGACCAAUCAGGGGUUUGAUUUCUUGACUUUCCUGGAAGUCAAGACUUCCUGCUUCAGUAAUAACGAAUUUUGAAACUUGAGACCAGUUAAUAGCAUAUAUAUAAUGAAAAGAGAGUUUUUGGAGGGAUUCAUCCAGAUGAAACCAGAUAGAGUGAAGCCUCUGUGUAAGUCACUAUUCACAUCAUAAUUAAGAUCUACCAGAAACAGAAAAACAGGCAUUACUCAGGGGGAUGUAAUGAUCCAAAAACAUGACACAGUUAACUUUGCAGAUGUAUCUGAAGGGGUGAAUUUGGCUGCACUUAUGAUCUGAAAACACAUUUUUCCUUUACAAGUUGCUAAUUGGUCUGUAAACAAAUCAGCACUUUGAAAUAGAAGACUUGGCUGGAAGUCUUUUUUUGCUGUUAGUUAAACUGAUGAUACUAUAAAAAGUUCGCCAUUGUUUCCAGAGGCACGUCUCAUUAUAAGACGAUAGCUGAUGCUUCCUGGGGUGGUCUGUUCAUGAUUUUGAACCAGAAGUCACCAUCUCUGAUCUUUGUUGAUUGUUAUUAGGAUUUAUAUAUGUUCAUAUUUUGUGUCUUUUAGGUAUUCUGCAGACUUCACAGAUGCCUUUCAAAGCCCCCCCUCUGGCCGCUCCACCUCACCAUUGCCCACCUCCUCUCCACAGCAUCGACAGAUCCUGACACCAAAUCUAUCAGCCACCCCUUCGGUCUCCCCUUCUCCUCAUGUCCCAGUCCAGCGCAACUGGACCCGUUCCCCAUCUCCGCAGAUGCCUUCCUCCCCGGUUCACUCACACCCUCCUCAUUCUCCGACCUAUUGCCCGUAUCCGACAUCACCGAAGCAUCGCAAGAUGCGCAGGCAGACCUUUGAUUUCCAGGGCAGCCCCACUAAAGAGAUGCGGUCUUCAGUAUCCCGCCGCCGUGCGCCUAGUCCUCUAAUUUAUAACACUGAACAGCAGAGCCCCACCCCUCCUAGACCUUCCUCUCUCCCCAUCCUUCCCAGUACACCUGUCUACAACAACCCCUUUGAAUUUCCAGGAUCCCUCACUCCUCCUUCGCCUGGCCUCCCUCUUGGAGACCCUUACUCAGCCUCAACUCCUCCACUGUUCUCCCCAUCUGGAGUGCAAAGUCCAAACCCUCUAUACGUCUCCCGCUCUCUCUCCCCCACUCAUUUUCUCUCUGGAGCCUCCUCCCCCAUGCACCUGCCCCCCAGCCCAUCUUGUCUCAACUACCCCCAUCUCACCGCUCCUCCUCCAGCCAAACCCUUUGCUGUGAAGCCUUUACCCUACUGGACCAAGUACGACGUGGCUGACUGGCUAGCUUACCUGAACCUGAGUCAACACCGGGAGCGUUUUAUAGACAAUGAGAUAGAUGGAUCACAUCUGCCUUCGCUCACUAAGGAUGACUUCUUGGAUCUUGGAGUGACACGUGUGGGACAUCGAAUGAACAUCGAGAGGGCUCUGAAGAAACUCACAGACAGGUGAGGGAGGACCGAUAGACUCUGGAACACGUAGAGGCAACGGGGUCAAAGUUCAUAAAAAAUCACCAGAUAGUGAAGGAAAGUCAAUGUGUCUUAUAUCUUUGAUAUAAGUUAGCUUUGUCACCCCCUCUUUGCUCUUCAGACUUAUAUAUUUUUAAAUAAGUUAUCCCAUCAUAUCUCAUCUCCUUCUCUUUAUUAACCUUUUUUAAUCACCCAUAUUCAGUUUACUUCAUCUUUAUUUCAUUUCCGCCCAUUCUUAUCCUUUCAUUUGCCCUCUCCCCAGGCGGCUCUCCUCUCCCUUGCAUGUCUCUACUUCUCCCCGAGACACAGACUGA